CGGAAGUGGUGGUUUUCAGGUACAGUCAGCAGUCAAGCUUCGAGCUCACGCCCGACUGGUAGUGGCUUAUUACUUUCAGUAAACAACUAUGGCAGCCGCAGAUCCCCGGUCCUCGAGUGACGGAGGACCUGCCAGCAGGGGAGGGUUCCCGGCCGAGGACAACAGUAAUGAGGGCGACGGUCCCGGAGGUAGCGGUGGAGAGGGGGAACGCGAACGAGAUCGUGCCACGUUUGAAUGCAACAUUUGUUUGGACACAGCAAGGGACGCUGUCAUCAGUUUAUGCGGCCACUUGUUCUGCUGGCCCUGCCUCCACCAGUGGCUGGAAACACGGCCCAGCCGACAGCAGUGUCCUGUGUGUAAAGCUGGCAUCAGCAGAGAGAAAGUCAUCCCUCUCUAUGGUAGAGGGAGCUCCAGUCAAGAGGAUCCCAGGUUGAAAACUCCGCCCAGGCCUCAGGGUCAGAGAACAGAACCAGAAAGUAGAGGGCCCUUCCAGGGAUUUGGGGACACUGGAUUCCACAUGUCGUUUGGGAUCGGUGCUUUCCCAUUCGGUUUCUUCACCACAGUCUUCAACACCAAUGACACCUUCCACAGACCAGAUCCUCCAUUUGCGGAUGAUCUCCAAGGCAACGGUAACCCCAACAACGGCAACAACAACUGGCAGGACUCCCUCUUCCUGUUUGUGGCCGUCUUCUUCUUCCUCUGGCUGCUGAGUGUGUGAUGGAGGGAGGGAAAAGGAAGACAGCUGGAGGGAUGGAACAAUAUAGGGAUGGAGAAGUGGCCGAGGGAGGGAUCACACAUUCACUCACUCUCUCUCUCACACACACACACACACACACAUGCCUAGACAGACUUUGUGUCUGGGAUUUAUCAAAUAAAGCUGUACCAGUAUUUUGACAAGGGAUAGGAUAAGACUAGGACAUUAUUUUGCUCUCUCACAGGAGAAGAGAUUCAGUACCAGAGACUAUUUGGCACCCCCAAAUGUGUGUUUGAUCUCUUUCACUCACUAUCAAAGUGAGUCUUAGUAGAGAAGAGUCCUAUCUAGAUAUAUUGUCAGAGGGCACAUCUCAGUCCACCUCCCCUUCCUUUUUUGGUGCACUUGCAGAUGUAUGCACACGCACUCCCGCACACACACACAUUGUAGAUGCACAUUAUAGGUGGUGGUGUUGAGGGGGGGAGGCUGGAUUUAAUAGAUAAACUGGAAUCUUUGUUAAGACAGUCAUUGUAGUCAGUAUUAAAUGAUUGGAAUGUGUCCAGCUGAACAUUAGGGAGUGUUCUACUGUUUGUGUGGCUAUCUACUCUGAGUCUGACUUUUCAAUUGAGACAAAGCCACAAGUCAUAGUAAGAUAUAGCCCACAUAAUAUCAAGGCUCAUAGCUCAUUUGGCUUUUAUUAAUAAGUAAAAUAUUAAUAAAAUGAUUUUAACCCCUUUAAGGGAUUUUCGGGUUGAAUUCUCGUAUAUUAGUGAUAUGAGAAGAGGACUGAAACCGUGCCAGAAAAAGACACUGUUGACUUCUAAAGGCCAAAGACUAGCAACACAUUUGGGUAGUUCUGUUUAUAAUGUAACAAAUUAUGGGAAUAAUUCAUUGUCCAUAAAUAACAAACUCUUAAUUUAAGAACACUGUUGAUCCUAUUGUACUGAUAUAUCCACAUUUUAUAUAUAUUCUCUUAACAAACUGCCAUUGCACUGUGAAGCUAUGUGGACAGACUUAGUAAUAAUGAUGAGAUCAACUGAGACAAUGGACUACACAUGGGUAUUAUAUGUAGUUAAUUCUCUCUUCAGUAGGUCAUCCAGGCAGUUUAAUGCUGUAUAAACAGAUAGGGCGGUGGGCUAUGGGUGGAAAAGGCUGUGUACUGUACCUGUGUAGACAGCUGGCACUGUAGGAGCAGAUUUCAACCCCAGACCUGCCAGUAUUACUGUGCUGGUCGCUGUUUCAGGAGCUCUAGAUAGAGGAUGAGGACAAGAAGGGGUGAGACGGUACAGUGUUCAUCUGCAGUUUGGUGUUGAUGAAUGCGUUGUAAUUCCAAGUCAGAAAUAUGUUGAUUUUGAACGCCUGAAUUUGAAUGGUAAUCAUGAAUUACAGUGAAAUUGCCUGUGUGGCAAAACAAAAAAAACUCUAGAUCUUAUUGUAGAGUUUUCUCCUGAUUGUAUGUCUUGUGUGUCCGUGGGGUGUGUAUAUAUAUCUGUAUUUGUACAUAUUAAUAUUGUAAAUGCUGUUUCUAUAUGUUUUUGAACUACCAACAAUGGAAAUUAAACAAGAUAACUUCAGGGUGGGAUCUCAAAAGUCUUUCUAUGACUCCUCGUAUGCCCUCUCUGAUUUUAAGGAAGAGGAAUGGAUGGAGAGGCUUUUGAGAUGCUUGAUCCCAGCUGAGCCAAUGGUCUGACAAGCUCCUGCAAUGUUAGGUUGCACCCAAGACUCAUUCUAACACUCUAUGAAAGGCUAGUUACUCCUGUACUCAUCCAGUGGACACUAACUAGCCUCACAUCUAUCGAUGCAAAACAUCUGAUGCUUAUGAGCCAAUCAGAGGCUAGUGAGUCGUGUAUGGACAGAAAAUUGUGAUCCCUGUAAAAACCUUUUUUUUAACCACUAUGAAGUACCUUAAACUGGCUCCAGAGCCAUGGCCAGGUAGCCUGACAAAGAUUGAUCCUCAGCAUCAGAAAAUGAUUCUACGAAAGUGCAGUUUAGUCUAGGCUGCUUGGCCUGAACUGUGUUAGAGAAGACUGGCUCCAAUAAUUAGUGGCAUCUCUGUAGCACUUUACUGAACCAACAUUCAUGUGAGGAUGGGGAAUGGGUUUGCCCCUGAUAAGGCACUGCCUAUGAUGCAUAGGUGAUGGGGGGGUAAUAAUUUCUUCCAUAUCACAAUCUAAUUAAUUGAUAUUUGUAUUAAGUCUUUUGUGACACUAAGAACCAUGAGAAGACAAAUGUAUUGUGAGUCUUUGAGUCGGCUCACAGUGGAAGUGUGCAAAACCAAAAGGCCAUGGAGAUGGUUGUUUUCCUGAAAAUCUGAAUAAAUAGUUGUUUAUUACA